AAUAAAAAAAACAGACGAAAAGGUUCAAUGCAAGCAGUCGAGUGUGUGUUUUUCUGUGUUAUUUUUUUCAUUUUUUUCUCAUUUUGAUUCGAUUUCUUUUUUCUCUCUCAUUACGUUGCGUUUUCAAUUUAACACAAUCGCAAACGUAAACCAAUCGAAAAUUGGCCAGAAAUGGAAAAAAAAUAAUAUCUUUUCGCAUCGACACAACAAAUUUGUACCGCAAAGUUUGAGUUGAAUGGUGUUGGGAAAAUAAUAGAGUGAGAGAGAGAGAGAGAGAGAGAGAGAGAGAAGAAGAAGAAAAAAAAUUAUUAAAAACAAGAUCUUGAGAGAUUCGAUGGACUUAAAAACCGAUUGUGAAACUUUGUCAAAAUAUACAUACACACAACAGUGCAAAACGGUGAUUUUGGAGACUGCGAUCAUCAUUUAAAUGAAAAACAACAACAACAACUAUCUGUUUUGAAAGUGCUAUUGAACAUCAACAACAGAAGAAGCGAAAAAAACAACAACAAGUGAAAUUUUCGUUUUUUUUUCUGCUCUGUAUUUUGUGUACAUGUAAACUUGAAAUAACAACACACAUCGCGCAACGAAACCGUGUGAGAAACCAAUAAUAAUCGGCAUUUGUAUUGUAUAUCCUGGGUGAAGGCGUGCUUAAGCCACAUUUUACACAGUUUUUUUUUCUUCGUCAGUUUUGUGUAUUGGAGAGAGAAAGAGAGAGAGAGAGAGGGAGAGUGUGUGAGCAAGGCUGCAUUUGACAAAACAUACAAAAUGCUUAAAAUUUUUGGUAAAUAUUCUACACACAUGUAUAUUGCGGUUGGAAUUCGUUUUUUCCCCUGUUUUUGUGCUUUAUUCGAAACGUCAAACUGGGCUAGCAAUUUGUGUGCCUAUCCGUUUUACAUUGUUGAUAGCUUAUGGUGGAAUUGGAAUUGAUAUUAAGUGCAAUUUUCGUUCUUGUUCGUGUUGUUUUUAUUUUACUCGGUGUUAUGCGUACGCCCGCCAUCGAAACAAAUUUAGGUUUUCCGAACAACAACAACCACAAAAAAAACAGAGUAUAGACAUUUUUAAUAGCUGCAAUCUGAGCCACUAAAAGUCAUCAAUCAACAAACACACACGUACACUUGUCGCUAGUAGUUGUGUGUUGUCUUUCACUUGCUCCUUGUGCUUCGUUUCACUCGUGCUGGAUACAAUCGAAUAUGUCAUUUCUUCGGAUAAGAUUGUAUUUUAUAGUAACAUUAUUUAUUCAUCUGUGAUUUUCGGUUCGGUGUUUAAAGCAAACGGUCGGUGUUGUGUAUGUAAUUUCUUGCAUCGUUUACAUCGAUUUGAAAUACGUUUUUUUAUUUGGAAUUCGGUUAAAAUCUUUGCAACUAAUUCCAACCAUUCGCCAAUGUGAGAACCGUGUGAAUUCAAUGGAUUUUCAACGAAUUGAGAGAAAAAAAUGGAAAUAAAUUGGCGGUGAUAUUGAAAUCGGCCUGUGAAUCUCAUUUGCAGUAAACAAUUUUAAACCCGCAUUACAGUCUUUUCUGCUGGUUUUUUUUUUCGAAUAGUGUGUGUGCCAUUAUUUUACAAGAUACCCACCCCAAAAAAAAAACGUGUAAUGAAAAAAGUUUUUGUGUUGUUGAUUUUUGGUUUGAAAUUGUAUUCAGCGAUUCAAUCAAAAUGAAUUAUUUGUUGUUUAUUUAAUCGUGCACGAGUUAGAGAGCCCAUUGAAACAAAAACAUACAAAAGGUACACAUCGGAUAAACUUUUCACUGAAACCAAUGUUUUCGAGCAGAUAAACCUACGAAUACGGUACAAAAAUCGAGUAACAAGUGUAGAAUAUUGUGAAUUUAAGAAGAAAGAGAAAAAAAACUACGGAUAUUGUGAAUCAAAAAUAAGCCGGUGGAUAUUUUCGCCCAAUAAGUUUACUAUUUGCCUCAACAACAACAAUAACAACAACAACGCAAUCGAAACAAACGCUUAUCAACGCUGUUGAAACCACAUUAGAUAACAAAUAAAAAUAUGGAUACAAAUGAUUCAGUUUUGGACCCAUCCAUAAUGGGACAAAUGGGACCGAUAUCACCGCCUGAACUCAAACCAGACACAUCACUUCUAAAUGGCAACAGUAUGGGUGGAUUUUCACCAGGUCCUGGUCCCGGCAGCCCCAGCAAUUUCAACCAAAUGUCCAUUUCGGCUGCAACAAACAUUUCGCCAACAACCGCACAAAAUCGCUUAGCUUACCCGCCAAAUCAUCCGCUGAGUGGCUCGAAGCAUUUGUGCUCGAUCUGCGGUGAUCGAGCCAGUGGCAAACAUUAUGGAGUUUACAGUUGUGAGGGAUGCAAAGGAUUUUUCAAACGGACCGUCCGAAAAGACUUGACCUAUGCAUGUCGCGAGGAUAAAAAUUGCACAAUUGACAAGCGUCAACGGAAUCGAUGCCAGUAUUGUCGUUAUCAAAAGUGUUUAAUUUGUGGCAUGAAACGUGAAGCGGUCCAAGAGGAACGGCAACGUGGUGCUAAAAUGUUACCGAAACAAACGGACGAUGUGAGCCAGGCGAAUCCAGUGCGUGAUUUAACGAUCGAACGAUUAAUGGAGGCCGAACAAAAAAGUGAAAAUCGUAGUGGUGAUAAUGCAAUACCCUAUUUACGGGUUGGUCCAAAUUCCGUUGUUCAAGCUGAAUACAAGGGUGCCGUUUCACAUUUGUGUCAAAUGGUGAAUAAACAGCUUUAUCAAUUGAUCGAAUAUGCAAGACGGACGCCACACUUUGCACAAUUACAGCGAGAGGAUCAAAUCACUUUGCUACGAGCUGGAUGGAAUGAACUGCUGAUAGCGACCGUUGCGUGGCGUAGCAUAGAGUUUCUCGAUCAGGAGCGAACAAACGCAGAUGGAUCGAUUGAUCGGCGGGCUCCGGUACGGCCACCGCAGUUAAUGUGUUUAGGCCCUAACUUUACUCUACAUCGAAACAGUGCACAUCAAGCCGGUGUUGCACCGAUAUUCGACCGCAUCUUAUCAGAGUUGAGUGUGAAAAUGAAGCGAUUGAGCAUUGAUCGGGCCGAGCUAACGUGUCUGAAGGCAAUCAUUCUAUUCAAUCCAGACAUUCGAGGAUUAAAAUGCAAGCAGGAUGUUGAUUUGUGUCGUGAAAAAAUCUACGCAUGCCUUGACGAACACUGUCGCAAUCAUCAUCCCGGUGAUGAUGGCCGGUUUGCUCAAUUGUUACUACGAUUACCAGCGUUACGUUCUAUUAGUUUAAAGUGUUUAGAUCAUUUAUUUUGUUUCCGGUUGAUCGGUGAAAAGAAUUUAGAAACAUUCAUUGGCGAAAUGUUAGAUACGCCACUAUAAAUUUACACAAAAAUGGAAAGAGAAAAAACAACAGUAACAAAACACAAAUAUACACACACAUACAGGCACACACGAACACACACACAUACUCACUCACUCACACACACGCAAUCACGAUUAAUGUUUAACAGAAGAAAAUCUAUAUAUAAAAGAAAUGGUCAAAUCAGUGCUGGUUGACAGUGGUUCGGGUGACGGCGGCGUACAUGAGCCAGAUAGUCACACCAGAUGCGCACACCGAACAUUUCGAGAAUCCGACAUGCGAUAAAAAUUGUCAUAGACAAAACAUUUCUGCAAAAUAUAAUAAAAACCAACAACAAUAGCAACAAACCAGAGCUGGCCCACCCAUCUCGCGUUGAUCAAAUAUCCGCAUCACAUUCUUCAUUCCGGCACUCAUUUGAUUUCGUAGCUCUAUUAAUUAUCAUCAUCCUAAAUCGUUAUUUACAGAAAACAAACUGAGACAAAUGCAAAACAAAUGAAAAAAGAGAGAAAGAGAAAAAAAAACAUUAAAUAAAAGAUUAGUUAUUACAUUUCUAUAUCAUAAGAAACAUAAAAAAAAAUAUAGAUGAAUAUAUUGAAUGAUUAAGCACUUGAGUAGUUGUAUAGUUUAUUGAAAUAAUUUAUAUGUGAAAAAAAGAGAAACAAAAAUGAAAAUGAAAGAGAAAAAGAAACAGAAACAAAAAUCUUUUUUGAUAGAGGAAUUAAUAAUUAUUUUUUUGAAUACACACACACACACACACAAACACAACCGAGGUAAAAUGCAAUUUGGCGGAUUGUGUCUCAAAAGCAUGUGAGCAACUAAAGUCCACGACUUAGGGAUAGUUUAAAUCUAAAACAAUAUAUAUAUAUACGUACGCAAAACUUUUGCAAAAAAAGGAAAAAUCAGAAAAAGUUACGUGUGCAAAACAUACCGAGAGAGAGAGAGAGAAAGAGACGGAGGUAGAGAGAAAGAGACGGAGGUAGAGAGAAAAGAAAAACAUAUUGUCAAUUGCAAAAAUAAGAGUCAAAGAAUUUCAAAACAAAUGUUUCUUCUUUUUUUUCCUUCUCCUUCAUCGUUAUCUUGCGUAAUUAGAAAUUUAUCGAAAAAAGAACAAACGCGAUUUUAAACAUUUAUCAAAAACUCAGUUCAUGAUAAACGAUACAGCAUCAGGUCGAUGUAUGUGAAUAAAUCAAACCGACAAUUUUUUUUUUGUUUUAAAAAACAAUCAUUUAGCUAACACACACACAAAAAAUCCACUAAAUUCAGUAUUUUAAGUUUAUUUGAAUGUUUCAAUAUUUUUUUUUUUAAACCCACAUAAUGUUCGUAUUCGAAAAGAAGAAAAAAAAAUGCAAUUUAUUUAUUUGACCUGUGUUAUAAAAACGAGAGAAAAGAAAUAUUCAGGUACAGUUAAAACCAUAAAAGAAAAAUUUCUGAUGUUUUCUAUUGAAUAAUCUGAAAUCACUCAUUUUCAUGAUGUAAGACGAGUAACACACUAUAUUCAAUUGAAUCGCUGCGAAUAAAUUUACGAUCGCAUAAAUCGUCUGAAUAGAUAAACUGUGAUUUCAGUCGAUCGCACACAAUACCGACACUUUCAAAUGUCAAUAUGAUACUUGAUAUCGACACCGUUGGUGGUUUUUUUUUUUCUUCAAGCCAUGAUUAAAACAACAAGAGAAAAUAAAAUGUCGUUUAUAUGUUAACGUUUGUGAUGUCCGGAAAGAAAAAAAAAAUGUGUGGUAACUAAAAAAUUUAUUCGCAACGAUUCAAAGUGUCGCUGUUGUUUGCAAUAAAUUCAAGUCCCUACUCUGCGUACGACGCAUUCAAAAUCUUGAUUUUUUUUUUUUAAUGAAUUGCGAUCAAUUCAGAGCGCGCAUUCAAACAAUUGUUUCGAUGUUAAUUCUCGCGAAGUUUAAAACUUACAUGUAAUCAAUCGAAUUUGUGACGAAAAAACAACAACAAAAAUAUAUUCAAUCUUCUUUAUUUUCAUUAUGUAUGUGGCAGCAAAAUG